AUGUGCAUAAAAACCUGCAAAGACAUCAAAUUCGGUGACAAUAGCGACGGAGGCCAUGAAGGUGGAGAGAAUAUAGUCAUCCGCACAUCCAAAUCGGGCUACGAGCACUUCCAGCUUCAACUGCAGCUGCAAGCCAAGCAAAACAAACAAAAGCACAAAGGCUUUAAAUUGCCCAACUUUAAGAUUCUCAUGUGUUGUUGCUACUUCAUCAUCAUCGUGUUGAUGAUAUGAGAACGGAAUGAAACUCAAUCUCCAACCAAAAAUGCUCCAAUUAUAUAGAUAAAUGCCAACAUAUUGAAACCGCAGAGGCGAACCAGUAAUUAUUGUUCAACUAAACUCAUAAAAAAGGUCUCAUUCGAAUGCUGUCUAAAGUAUAAACCAUCAGUUAUUUCAAUACAUGUGUUAAAACAAAUUAAAUGAAUUAAAUAUAUAUAAAUAUGUGUGUAUAGUUCAAUAACAAAGUUAAA